AUGAAGGGCUACCAGGUGAGUCGCAGCCUGUCGCAGCACUCCUCAGGGCCAUGCCACUGCAUGCCGGAGGACUGCGACGCAGCGCGGGAUUACAUGCACCAUCUCGACCACUACCAGGGCCAUAACGACCACCCUCAUUACCCGCCGGGCGGACCCCCCGAGCCCUUGGCCCUGCCCCCUUCCGGCGGAGGCACCUUCCCACGUUCGCACCCCAGCCAACAGCCCUACGACUCCUGCGAAGAGUGCCUGUCGUCAGCGGGCCACGGGCACGGGCACGGGCACCCUCCCGGAGGUAAGAUGCAUCGCAUCCCGCCCAACUUGCUGGACCAGUUUGAGAAGCAGCUGCCAUUCCACCCAGACGGUUUUCACACGCUGCAGUACCAACGCACGGCCAGCGGAGAGCAGCGCAGCGAGAGCCCCAGCCGUAUCCGCCAUCUGGUCCACUCGGUGCAGCGGCUCUUCGCUAAAUCCCACUCGCUGGAGGCGCCAUCCAAGCGCGAAUUCAACGGCACCCGCGGAGCUGACUACAGGGAUCGGGACAGAGGGCACCGCAGCGGUGGAGAAGAAGGGGGAGGGGGUCACCACUACUCCGGCCAGCACCAGUCUCGCUCGGCCCGUCGGAACAAGAGCCGCGAACGCAGCAAGAGUGGAGACUCUCGCUACGAAUCUUCUCGACAUGGCUCGCGGCACCGCAGCAAGACGGCCGGUUGGUGGAGUUCCGACGACAACCUGGACAGCGACAGCAGCUUCUUGGUUACGGGCGGGGGCAGGGGCGGCAGGGGUUACCCUACAGGACACGAGAGCCUGGAUGCUGCCAUCCAGGAGCUGACCCUGAAGAAAGGCAAGGGCCCGGCGCCAGGAGAGUGCCUGGCCUGCACCACCAUGGCCCUGGCCGGAGACAGCGGCCACUCCCUGAAGAGGAGCACGUGGUCGGCCAUGACCGUCAGCCAGGCCAGGGAGGUCUACCCUCGUGGAGGAGGUGGAGGAGGUGGGGGCGGCUAUGACAAGGCCCUUGUGCCCCUGGACUCAAAACUGAAGGAGCGCUCACUCCACUAUCUGAAGGUUCCGUCAGAUGACUGGGGUGGAGGUUAUCCUGGUGGAGGGGCGUCAGACAGCGGUGGGGAGAUCCCCUGCCGACGCAUGCGCAGCGGCAGCUACAUCAAGGCCAUGGGUGAUGACGACAGCGCAGACUCGGACGCCAGUCCCAAAGCCUCUCCCAAAACUGCACUCAUCGCUCAGAGAGAGGCUUUCCGUCGAUCAGUCAGCAUGGACCAACGCUCCUCCACUACCGCUAAAUACUCCUGUAAGCAGUGCACGGAUGCCUACCCUAAUAGUCGGACGACGCCCAAAGGACACGCCCGCUCUCGCAGCUACACUCGCUCCCUGACCAGCUCACAGCUGGGAGACAGCCUGAAUCGGCAGUUUGAAGCCGUGUGCGAGACUAUGUUCGGAGAGAUGGAGUCUCAGGCUGUAGAAGCUCUGGACUUGCCCGGAUGCUUCCGGACUCGGAGCCACAGCUACGUGCGAGCCAUCCAGGCUGGUUGUUCCCAAGACGACGACUGCCUGUCAGUCUUUUCCAUGUCUGGGCCCCAGGGGAGCGUAAAGGGUGGAGCGGUGUUCCCAUAUAGGAAAGGUCCUCCGCCACUGCCUCCUCGCAUGUCCAAGCCCAUGAUCUCGGUGACCGCUCAGAGCAGUACUGAGUCCACUCAAGACGCCUACUUCCAGAACACGGGUCAGCCGGCGCUAAGCCGGCAAAAGCAGCACAGCAACUCAGUGGACCUGACCGAGAGCAGCGGACGCACCUCCAGAGGCGGCUACUACACGGGCAUGGGUCCAGGACGCGCCAGGCAGAACAGCAACUCAGCAGAGAGCCUGGACGGCAGAGCCUUGAGGGACGCGGGUUACCAAGGGGGUCCGGUCCUCGUCAGGCCCAAACACAGCAGCUCUGCGGACAGCCUGCUGGAGGGGCCGCCCAGGGGUCAACGGGAGAGAGCAGGGGGCAGUCUGGGGAAGUCGUCCUCGCUUCCCCAGAACAGCAUGACGCUGAGCAAAGUGGCGGGAAGUGAGGAACAUAAGCAGGAGAGCAGGGUGAGGAAGCUGAGGCCUUCCAUCGCAGUGCAGGUGGACAGCUCAGAGACGCUGUCAGAUUCUGACACAGAGGGUAAAGCGCUCAGAGAGGUACACUCCAUCGGCGUCCAAGUGGAGGACGAUAAACGUCGAGCUCGUUUUAAGCGUUCGAACAGCGUGACCGCGAGCGUGCAGGCCGACCUGGAAACAGAGGGGUUUGGGGCGCUUAGCGUUCCCACUCAGGACAAGGGGCUGCAGUUUGGCUGUUCUUUCCAGCGGCAUUCCUCCGAACCCGAAUCGGCCAGCCAGUUCGCCGAGUACCGCACCGUCCACACGCAAGGCCAGUGGGCUUAUCGUGAGGACUAUCACAGCGGCUACGCCACCGAACCUGGACCCCCGGACCUCCGCCCGCACCCGCGUGCCCAUUCCCCCCUGCCGCUCACGUCCGAACGCGCCGGGGGUUGGCACGAGGGGCCCAGAAGCCUCCCCGACUCCGGCCGGGCAUCGCCGUGUCUCCGCGACGGAGAGUUCUUCCUCCGUCUCCUGCAGACGGAAGUGGAAAGGAUGGAAGGAUGGUGCCAGAACAUGGAGAGGGAGGCCGAGGAGAACGAACUGCCGGAGGAAAUUCUGGAGAUGAUCAGAGCUGCGGUGGGCAGUGCUCAGAUGCUCAUGUCUCAGAAGGUGCAGCAGUUUUUCCGUCUGUGCCAGCAGUGCAUGGACCCCACAGCCUACCCCCAGCCCACCACUCAGGACUUGGCUGGUUUCUGGGAUCUACUCCAAUUGGCCAUAGAGGACGUACGGGUAAAGUUCCAGGACCUGCAGAGGCUCAAGGACUCUGGCUGGAGACUACCUCCUGAGAAGAAGGAGGAGAAAAAAGUUCCUCCUCCGUUACCAAAGAAGCCAGCAGGAGGUGUGACUGGUAGCCUGAGAGCGGACAGCAUGGCUGAAAGUGCUGGAGGUGGGGGCAUGUUAGUGGUGUCUCGGGGGGGUCGCGGUCUACCCAUGAGAGAAAAAUCCUUGGACCUGGGCGAUAGGCAGCGGCAGGAGGCAAGGCGGCGGCUCCUACAAACCAAGCGCACAACCUCCUUCCGGCAAAACUCGGCCACGGAGAGCGCAGACAGCAUCGAGAUAUAUAUCCCAGAGGCACAGACACGACUGUAA